AUGACUGAUAUUUAUGAAUUUGAGAAUCUCAAAUUUAAAGAGAAUUUUGAUAAGUGCACCUAUACGCUUGAAAAGUCUACUUGCAAUCCCUCUGCCGUCCAAGUCGUGCAGCCGGCCUCCAACACAUCAUCAGGCUUCGGUGUAGUAACCAUGAUCGAUGACCCUUUAACCUUGGGGCCAAAGUUGAGCUCAAAAUUGGUAGGAAAGGCACAGGGGUUUUAUGCCUCUGCUUCACAGCAAGAGCUUGGUCUUCUAAUGGUGAUGAACUUUGCAUUCCUUGAAGGGAAGUACAAUGGCAGCACUAUCACCAUUCUCGGGAGGAACACCGCUUUCUCCGCCGUCAGGGAGAUGCCGGUGAUCGGAGGCAGCGGCCUUUUCCGUUUUGCUAGGGGGUAUAUUCAAGCCAGUACUCAUUCUCUUGAUUUGAAGACAGGGGACGCCGUCGUUGAGUACAAUGUCUAUGUGUUACAUUAUUGAUGCUCUGCCACUUUUGAUUGCUUCAAGCCAAGUGGGGUUGAUUUGUGUUAUUUAUGU